AGUAAUCACUCAGCUGAGUGCUGACUGUUGGCGUGGCCUUCAAAGGUCAGAGUGAUGCUCCUGGCGGCUCUGCUGUGAUCGUUGCUGCUGCGGUUUCCACAGAAACAAGACAACGCUGGGUAGAAAGCAGUCGAGUCGCAACAAGAUGACAUCACCGUCGCCCACUCACAGUGACAGCAGCGGCUCCUCUAAACACGACAGUAAUCAGGAUAGCUGGGAGAUCGUGGAGGGGCUCAGGGGGGUUCCUGCCAACAUGCAAGAGCCUGACAGACAGGAGGGCUUCCUGCUCAAGAGGAGGAAGUGGCCCAUGAAGGGAUGGCAUAAGAGAUACUUCAUGUUGGAGAAAGGCAUCUUGAAGUACGCAAAGCAUGGGACUGAUCUGAAGAAGGGAAAGCUUCAUGGCUGCAUAGAUGUUGGCCUUUCCGUUAUGUCGAUCAAGAAGAAAGCCAUGUGCAUUGACCUAGACACAGAGGAUAACAUCUAUCACCUUAAGGUGAAGUCUCCGGAGCUGUUUGAAGAGUGGGUGUCGAAGCUGCGUAAUCACCGUGUGUUUCGGCAGAAUGAAAUUGCUACGUAUCCCCAUGAGAGGCACCUCUUCCACCCCCAUGCCUCAUCCUCGCCUUCACUUAAUGACUCCCUCAGAAAAAGGGCUACUCUCACCAAGCAGGCGUCAGUCCACCAGGCUAAGGUUAGCUCCUGGCUCCACUCCUCAGAGGAAAUGGACAAGGCCUGCAAAGACUUGGAGGAAUGUGAAUCUUAUCUGCUGGAACUAAAUCUACUGCUGAAGAGCAUGGAGGUCCUCCACCGCACGUACUCCGCUCCAGCCAUCACUGCACUACAAGCAUCUACUUAUGACAUCCCCAAAAAGGAGAAAAGACCGAGGAGGUGGCGAUCCAAAAACAAUGGCAAAGAAACCAAAUCCACGCUACAGGUUCCUAGCUGCAUCUCCUCCAAAUCUCCUCGCCUUCAUGCCUCCAAUCCUAACCUCUCCACCACAGAGUCAAAUGCCCAGGAGGUCUGUCCUGAAUCCCCAGACUCCCCUACAGACGUGUCACGUCUACAAGAAGACUUCUGCCGACUGGCCAACAACAUCCACGUCACACUGAAAUCAGCCUUUAGUUCCCUGUCAGCAGAGAGAGACAGAAUGAGACACACCAUCGACCUGCAGGGCCCCCAGCCAGCUCAGGUCAUGGGCUUAAAGACUUCCUUUGCCUCAGAUUGCCCAGGCGCCUCUCACUCUUUGGUCCACCAGGCCUCCAAUGAGAGCAAAGCAUCUAUCCCAGAGUCGAUAUCGGAGUUCUUUGACGCUCAGGAGUACCUGCUCUCUUCUUCUUCAUCUGAGAAUGAGGUGUCCGACGAUGACUCGUAUAUCAGUGAUGUCAGUGACAGCGUCUCCAUGGACACCUACAGCAACGAGGGAGGCAGCGAGAGACACAACUCCAUUAGCAGCGUGGUGACCCUGGCUCGUCGUCGCUCCACGCUGCCCUCUCCCUGUCCGACCAGCAGCGUGAGCCUGUGGAACAUCCUGAGAAACAAUAUUGGCAAAGACUUGUCCAAAGUGGCCAUGCCAGUGCAGCUCAAUGAGCCGCUGAACACCCUGCAACGACUGUGUGAGGAGCUGGAGUACAGCGACCUGCUGGACACCGCCAACCAAACUCAAGACCCUUACCAGCGCAUGGUGUAUGUUGCCACGUUUGCAAUCACUGCCUAUGCAUCCAGCUACCAUCGAGCAGGAAGCAAACCCUUUAACCCCGUCCUGGGAGAGACGUACGAGUGUGACAGACCUGACAAAGGCCUCAGGUUUAUAGCAGAACAGGUGAGUCAUCACCCACCUGUGUCAGCAUGCCACUCUGAUUCAAGAAACUUCAGCUUUUGGCAAGAUGUUCGAUGGAAAAAUAAAUUCUGGGGAAAAUCCAUGGAAAUAGUUCCCAUGGGAACCACACAUGUCACACUACCUGCCUUUGGUGACCACUACGAAUGGAACAAAGUGACAUCCUGCAUCCAUAACAUCCUGAGUGGCCAACGCUGGAUCGAACACUAUGGAGAGAUGGCCAUUAAAAAUGUCAACAGUGAUGCCUGCCAGUGUAAAAUAACAUUUGUCAAGGCUAGAUCAUGGAGCUCUACAGUGAACGAGAUCGAGGGUGUGGUUACAGAUUCAAAUGGAAAAGUGGUGCACUCCAUUUUUGGAAAAUGGCACGAGUCAGUGUUUCAAGGUGACCCACCUUCUGCCACGUGUAUCUGGAGAGCAAAUCCCAUGCCAGAGGACCAAGAGCAGUACUAUGGCUUCACACAGUUUGCAGUGGAGCUGAAUGAGCUGGACUCCACCUUAAGACCUCUGCUGCCCCCCACAGACACACGCUUCAGGCCGGACCAGAGGCUGCUGGAGGAGGGAAACACAGAAGGAGCUGAGGAGCAGAAACAGAGGAUAGAGCAGCUCCAGAGGGAGAGGAGGAAAGUGCUGCAGGACAACAACAUGACACACCAGCCACGCUUUUUCAAGAAGUCUAAGGAUGACACAUGGGUGAGCAACAACACUUACUGGGAGCUGCGGAGGGAUCCCGGCUUCAGCAAAAUGGACUUCCCUGUAUUGUGGUGAACUCAAACGUUUCCAGUGAAAUUAAAACACAGAGAGGGAAGUAUAAAACUGAACUGAGACCAGCCUUCUGACCUGGUCACCAUGAAUUGUUCCAUGUCAUGGUAACCCAAACCCACAUGGACUUUCUGCUUCUUGUUUGAGGACUGAGCAGAACCUGUAGAAAUUCUUUUGGUUUUGUUUCUGUUGCUUGUAAUAGUACAUUUUUCUCCUCUUUUAACUGUAAUUUACACAGUGUCCCUGUAGACUAAACAUGCAUAUCAAUAUGUUUCGCUGCAUCUCAGCAUUUACCAAAGUGCCUUUUUAUUUGUAGUGCUGCACAGAAAUGAACUGCUGUAGCAAUUAUGCAGAAACUGUUUUAUUCAGAAAAAUGAAAAAUGUUUGGAUGCUGUCAGUGUGACGCUUCACUGGAGAGAUAAGGACAGGGUUAGAGGUGACGAAGAUCUGAACUUGCUCACAUACUCCCAUUCAAAGAAUUUCCUUUUACUUAAGCACACUGUACUCAGAGGUUCUAAUUAUAGAACAGGAUGUCACCUUUUUCAGUAUGCUGCCUUGCUAUUAUCGGUCAUGACUGACAUAGGAUUAUGGAGACAGAAAACAACAGUAAUACUUCAUGUUGAAAGAAUUUAAUAAACUGCAAAGGGUGGGCAAGUAA